UUCAGCUUGUGGCUCGAUUGAAGAGCUGGCUCCGAAGCUAGCAGAACUCAGUGAGUCACACUUGAGCGGUUUCAUACGGAAGGAAAAAGGCAAUCUUACUUCUACCCCAGCUUGUGCGAUUCCUUGCGACUCGCACCGCUGUACCGACACUGCCUUUCUGUAGCAGUCUAUUUUUUGCGUGGUUUGGUCCUAGGUUUUUGGCUUCUCGUGGCAGUCUCUUUCGUCUGUGUAGACUGCUGGUAUUUGGUGAGAAAUCAUUAUAAGAGAUAUUGAUCACAUAAUCUAGCAACCAUGGCUAAUUUAGCUUUGACCGCGAUACUGGAAAAGAUGACUGGCAAGGAUAAAGAUUAUAGAUACAUGGCCACAUCUGAUUUGCUUAAUGAGUUAAACAAAGAUACAUUCAAGGCUGAUGCUGAGCUGGAGAUAAAAUUGACAAAUAUCAUCAUACAACAGCUUGAUGAUGCCGCUGGUGAUGUUUCUGGAUUGGCUGUGAAAUGUCUUGCUCCAUUGGUGAGGAAGGUGAGUGAGCCAAGGGUUGUGGAAAUGACUAGUAAAUUAUGUGACAAGUUGCUAAAUGGGAAGGAUCAGCAUCGUGACAUUGCCAGCAUAGCUUUAAAGACAGUUGUUGCUGAAGUUUCUACGAAGUCUCUUGCACAAUCUAUUCUUGUUUCUCUCUCACCGCAAUUGAUUAAUGGAAUUACUGGUCCAGGAAUGAGCUCGGAGAUAAAAUGUGAAAGUCUAGAUAUUUUAUGUGAAAUACUUCAUAAAUUUGGGAAUCUGAUGACAUCUGACCAUGAGCUCUUGCUCAGUGCCCUUUUGUCUCAGUUGAGUUCCAAUCAAGCUAGCAUACGUAAGAAGACUGUGGCAUGCAUUGCAUCUCUUUCUUCAAGCUUGUCAGAUGAUUUGUUGGCAAGGGCAACAGUUCAAGUUGUUAGUAACUUGAAAAAUAAGGCUACCAAGUCAGAGUUGACCCGCACAAACAUUCAGAUGAUUGGUGCUUUGAGUCGUGCUGUUGGUUAUCGAUUUGGACCUCAUCUUGGAGACACAGUUCCAGUGUUGAUCGAUUACUGUACUAGUGCCUCAGAAAAUGAUGAAGAGCUUCGUGAGUACAGCUUGCAGGCACUUGAAAGCUUUCUCCUAAGGUGUCCAAGAGAUAUUUCUUUUUACUGUGAUGAAAUUCUUCAUCUUACCCUGAAAUAUCUGAGUUAUGAUCCCAACUUCACUGACAAUAUGGAUGAGGAUACUGAUGAUGAACAGCACGAGGAAGAGGAGGAGGAUGAGAGUGCAACUGAAUAUACAGAUGAUGAAGAUGCCAGCUGGAAAGUUCGGAGGGCUGCGGCUAAAUGCUUAGCAGCUUUAAUUGUAUCCCGUCCUGAGAUGCUUUCAAAGCUAUAUGAGGAGGCUUGUCCCAAACUGAUUGAUAGAUGCAAAGAGAGAGAAGAAAAUGUCAAGAUGGAUGUAUUUAAUACUUUCAUUGAACUCUUGCGUCAAACUGGAAAUGUCACAAAAGGGCAGGUUGAUGUAAAUGAAACGAGUCCUCGAUGGCUGUUGAAACAAGAAGUCCCAAAGAUUGUUAGGUCUCUAAAUAGGCAGCUCCGUGAAAAAUCUAUCAAGACAAAGGUUGGUGCCUUUUCUGUUUUGAAAGAACUUGUAGUUGUCUUGCCUGACUGUCUUGCAGACCACAUUGGAUCACUCAUUCCAGGAAUUGAAAAAGCCUUAAAUGACAAAUCUUCUACCUCAAACUUGAAGAUUGAAGCCCUAACAUUUACAAGAUUAGUGCUAUCUUCACAUUCUCCCGCUGUUUUCCAUCCUUAUAUCAAGGCUCUUUCUGCUCCUGUUAUAUCUGCUGUUGGUGAGCGAUAUUACAAGGUCACAGCAGAGGCUUUAAGGGUAUGUGGGGAGCUUGUCCGUGUUGUGCGGCCACAAAUUGAGGGUUCUGGUUUUGAUUUCAGACCAUACGUUCAUCCUAUUUAUAAAGCUAUUAUGUCACGGUUGAUAAACCAAGAUCAGGAUCAGGAAGUUAAGGAGUGUGCUAUCUCUUGCAUGGGUCUUGUUGUGUCAACAUUUGGCGACCAUCUUAAUGCAGAAUUACCUGCAUGCCUUCCUGUGCUUGUUGAUCGGAUGGGAAAUGAGAUAACCCGACUUACGGCUGUCAAGGCAUUUGCUGUCAUUGCUGCUUCCCCACUAAGGGUGGAUCUAUCAUGUGUACUGGAUCAAGUUAUAGCAGAGUUGACUGCUUUCCUCCGAAAGGCUAAUCGUGCCCUAAGGCAGGCAACCUUGGGUACCUUGAAUUCACUUAUAGUUGCUUAUGCUGAUAAGAUUGGUUCAUCUGGUUAUGAAGUUAUUAUUGUCGAACUUUCAGCUCUAAUAAGUGACUCAGACUUGCAUAUGACGGCUCUUGCUUUGGAACUCUGCUGCACAUUGAUGGGUGACAGAAGGUCAAGUCCAAAUGUUGGUUUGGCUGUCAGAAACAAAGUUCUUCCUCAAGCCCUAACAUUAAUUAAAAGCCCACUUUUGCAGGGCCAAGCUCUUCUGGCUUUGCAGAAUUUUUUCGCUGCUUUAGUCUAUUCUGCAAACACUAGUUUUGAUUCUCUGUUAGAGUCGCUACUUGCCAGUGCCAAGCCUUCUCCACAGUCAGGUGGCAUCGCAAAACAGGCAUUACAUUCUAUUGCCCAGUGUGUGGCUGUUCUAUGCCUUGCUGCUGGUGAUCAGAAGUGCUCAUCUACAGUGAGAAUGCUUACUCAAAUUCUGAAGGAUGAUGUUACUUCGAAUUCAGCCAAGCAGCACCUUGCGCUUCUGUGUUUGGGGGAGAUUGGUCGAAGGAUCGAUCUAAGCGCACAUGAGAACAUAGAAACUAUUGUUAUCGAGUCCUUCCAAUCUCCUUUUGAAGAGAUAAAGUCUGCUGCCUCUUAUGCGCUUGGUAACAUUGCUGUUGGUAAUCUUCCCAAGUACUUGCCUUUUAUCUUGAACCAGAUUGAUAAUCAGCAGAAGAAGCAAUACCUGUUACUUCACUCUUUGAAGGAGGUUAUUGUGAGGCAAUCUGUCGAUAAAGCCGAGUUUCAAGAGUCCAGUGUUGAGAAGAUACUGAAUUUACUCUUCAACCACUGUGAAAGUGAGGAAGAGGGAGUUCGCAACGUAGUGGCAGAGUGCCUUGGUAAAAUCGCGCUUAUUGAACCAGCAAAACUUGUUCCUGCACUCAAGGUUAGAACAGCCAGUCCAACAGCAUUUACUCGAGCCACUGUUGUCAUUGCUGUGAAGUACUCUAUUGUUGAACGUCCUGAGAAGAUAGAUGAAAUCAUAUACCCUGAAAUAUCAUCAUUUCUGAUGCUUAUUACAGACGAUGACAGGCAUGUAAGGCGAGCUGCCGUCUUGGCUUUGAACACAUUUGCUCACAACAAGCCAAACCUAAUCAAGGGGCUUCUUCCUGAUCUUUUGCCUCUUCUUUAUGAUCAGACGAUUGUGAAGCAAGAACUAAUAAGGACUGUUGAUCUUGGUCCUUUUAAACAUACUGUGGAUGAUGGACUUGAAUUGAGGAAGGCUGCUUUUGAAUGUGUAGACACUUUGCUGGAUAGUUGUCUCGAUCAAGUCAACCCCUCAUCAUUUAUUGUUCCUUAUCUUAAAUCUGGUUUGGAUGAUCAUUAUGAUGUUAAAAUGCCUUGCCACCUCAUACUCUCGAAACUGGCUGAUAAGUGUCCUUCAGCAGUAUUAGCAGUUUUAGACUCAUUGGUGGAGCCUCUCCAGAAGACUAUCAAUUUCAAGCCAAAGCAAGAUGCUGUCAAGCAAGAAGUAGAUCGUAAUGAAGAUAUGAUUCGAAGUGCACUUCGAGCUAUUGUAGCCUUGAACCGCAUAAGUGGAGGAGAUUGCAGUGUUAAGUUCAAGAACCUUAUGAAUGAAAUAUCAAAAUCACCAACUCUCUUGGAGAAGUAUUACUCAAUCCGCAAUGAGUGAUAGAUAGGCGGCUGGAAUUUUCUGUGAUGUUCAAGAAAGAGUGAAAGAUGGACUGCCAGAUCAUCUCCAUAUCUGCAGUAGCCUAUUCAUAUAUGGGAAAAGUGACAUAUAAUUGAUUUUAAAAUCCAUUGAUGCAUGUCUUGAGUGUUAAAAACUAGGGACUUUGUACCCUAAGAGGAUCCAAUUGAUGGGAUCUACCAUGGGAUUACAACUGGUGCUUGCUUGUAUAGGAUGAAAGAGAGAUUUUGCCUUUUUGUUGUAUGCAUUUUAUAAUUUAGAUAAAUUUCUUUUGAUGAUUAAUUCUCUCAUCAAACCAGGCUGCUGAAAAACAAGCACAAAAAAAAAAAAAAAAAAAAAGAAGAAAUUAUGGAAUUAUUGGAAUA